AUGUCUGGCCGUGGUAAGAAAGUUGAACCCGCUGAAAAGACCUCAGUGACCCGGUCUGCCAGAGCAGGGAUCACAUUCCCAGUGGGCCGCAUCCACAGGCUGCUCAAGAAGGGCCAAUAUGCAAAGCGUGUGGGCGAUGGCGCUGCAGUGUACCUCGCCGCCACCAUGGAGUACCUCACCGCUGAAAUCCUCGAGCUGGCAGGAAAUGCCUGCCGUGACAACAAGAAGCGCCGCAUCGCUCCUCGCCACAUCUUGUUGGCGGUGAAAAAUGACGAGGAGCUGAACGUACUGCUGGCCGGAGUCACGUUCUCAGAGGGUGGCGUCAUCCCCAACAUCCAGGCAACCCUUCUACCAAAGAAAACUAACAUCCCCAAAGAUGACAGCAAUGCGAAAGAUGUUCAGUCUCAAGAUUUUUAA